CCGCGGGACAAGGCCGAACGGAUGCUCGCGGCGCUGCUGCCGCUGCCGGCCCUCUCUCACUUGCGCGCGCUCGUGCUCGGCGUAGCAAUCGUUCACGACACUUGGCUCACCAAUGGCAGCUUUGCCCAUCAACUUGUGGCGCUCGGCCUGGCGACGCAAGGCGGAGCCAUGCAGGAGAUGGUAGAGCGACGGAUCGAGCAGCAGCACGGCUGCUGCUUCGAGGUCUCCCGCGUGCUCGGCCACCUGCCGGCCGGCUCUCUGCCACGCCUCGCGAAGCUCAACCUCGACGGCACCCUGCUGACCGCUUCGAGCCGCGGCCGCCCGACCGGGAUCCGCGCGCUCUCCUCCGCGCUGGCGAGGGGCGCGAUGCCGCAACUCGCGACGUUGCGCUUGUGCCAGGCGGCGCUGCACGACGGUGCGGUGGAGCAGCUCGCGCGAGGGCUGAGCGUCGGCGGCCUCGAGCGCACCUUGCGCGUGCUCCAACUCGACGACAAUGAGAUCCACGAGCUCUCGCCGCUCUCCGGCUGUCGGUUGCGCCACCUGUCCGCGGCUCGCAACCCGCUCGACUUCGACAGCCUCGGCCGGACCCUCGAGGCGGGUGCGUUUCCCGCGCUCCGUUCGCUGUACUUCACCGCGUGGCACAUCCCGGCCGGCGAAGAGGGGUCGGCAGAGGCGGCCGGCCGGCUGGCACUCAAGGCGGCGUGUGAGGCGCGGGGCGUGACGUGCCAUUGCGCGCUCUUGGAAGACUGAAGACACACGCUUGCGGGGGGAGACUUUGGGUCUUGCGCGAUGAGAGGUUGAGCCGCGAAGGCCAGGUGGCUGUGUUGCUCGCAGUCGCACUCGCGCCAUUUCGUCAUAUAGGCUUGUUCCAAUUCACUCUGACAUUUGUGU